GUUUAGUUCUUCCAUGACAGUUUAUAGUGUUAUUUUAGUUAUUUGAUAAUAAUAUAGUAAAUUAUAAGAUUAACAUAAAAAUAAAAUUGUCGUUAUGAGUUACAGCAGCCCUUACGGAACAUCGGCGGAUGCUAGAUGUCCUUGUCUAACAAACAAUAGGGGUGCAGUAUGCCCUUGUCUAACCAAGAAAAAAGUAUCUGUUCCCAAACCUACAACUUCAUCAGCGAGGAGCAACUCGUCAGUUUCUACGAUCGGAUCGCAGAAUUCUGGACCAUUAAUGGGAGUAAAACAAACUAUUGAUAGAAUCAGAAAACAGCUUGCUUCAAAUGCAAAUAAUAUUGAAACUGCUAGACAAUCUGUCAGAGAAACUAAUAUUACGAAGUUUCCGGAUUCGUUUACAAGGGUUCUCAGUCAUUCUGAAAAGUCGACUAUACAUAAACAAACUUCUAACAAUGUUGCUACUAAACUACAGAAAUCAUCUACAUUAAAGAAGAACUCUACUUUACCAAAAACUUCUGUUUCUGAGAAAAACUUACCAAGCACUAAAAUAGUUGUGAAUAAAACCAUUAUCAACAAAAAUAAAUCCACGCAGAGUUCAAAAGAUAAAAGUUCAAUCAAUAUCACUAAUUAUUCAAAAAGUGACAUUCCUUCUUCCACAAAAAUAAAUCAUAACAGCACUAGUGUUUCAAAAAGCAUCAAUGUUUUAUCAACAAGUAAAACAUUGUCUGACAUCAACAGCUUUUUAAAAGAACAAAGUAGGAAGCAAACAAAUUCUAUUGUAGAAAACUCUAUUAGACUUAUUCGUAAUACUUCCGAAGAGCAAAGUUUUUUUAAAAACGUAGAUUCAACUGACAUUUCGCUAAAGAUUCCCCAUAAUAUUUCAAGAAGUAGAAGUUUAUCUCCGGGCUAUAAAGGCAGUUUCAACGAAAAGGAAGUUACACACAAUCAACAUGGAAAAUCAAAUUUGUCAUCUUUGAAGGUCCAUUCUCAUAACUUGCCUACUUCAAAGAUUCAUUCCAAAUCAGCGUCAAACAUAUCUACCGAAAGUAAUCCUAUACCUUUCCAAAGGAAAUCUAAAGUAACAUUCACUUUGAACAUCAGUUUCGAAGAUAAUUUCAACUCUGGACAAAAUACAGGCAAUGUAGCAAAAGUUUCGAUCACAGGUGAUUUUCAUGGGAGUACAGGUAAUUAAUACAAUAUAUGCGAUGACCGAUGGCUGGACCAAUACCUAGUUUUUAAUUGUCUUUAUGUUUUAAUAAUUUAUUAUUUUUUUGAUAUCUAAGUGUAAAAAAUAUCUAAGAAAACAAUUUUUACUUAUGGGAUAUACCAAACGAAUUACAAAAGUGUUUUUUUAAGUGCUUAUUCUGAACUAAUGUAUCCAACCGUUUAUACAUCUUUGGAUCUUCGGGGUGCGAUGGCUUAAAACAUAUUCUUUUGUUUAAAUUUAUUAUAGUAAUACGGUGGCAUUUAAAUUUUUUACAAUGAAUCAAAAACUAUAGCGAUUUUGUAUUUCGCUGUAUUUAAAUUGUGACUAUUAAUAUCGGGCUAAUAAUAUUUUUCCAAAUUAACUAUGUUCUACCUUCUGUAAACUAGAAGAAAAAUUGUUUCCUUAAACUUAAAAAUGUAUAAAGUGGUUUAUUUUAUAUUAUUUUUUUUCUAUUACCCUCUAUAUUGUACUAUAUUUUAAU